AUGAAAGCCUGGGUAGUGGUCAAGAACGCCGAGCCAGGCUACGCGCUGGCUCUGCAGGACGUGCAAGACCCGCCAGCCGUUGCAGCUGCGCCAAAGGGUUCCGACAUACUCGUUCGCAUCACCCACGCCGCCCUCAAUCCGGCGGACCUGCAUUUUAUGCUCCACCUGCCGACCUGGAUCCCCUUCCGCCGCAACGCCAUGCCCGGGCUCGACUUUGCCGGCGAGAUCGUGAAGCUGGGCCCCAUGGCUGCGGCCGCUCCGGCGCACGCAGCGGCACCGCUGACCGUCGGCGCGCGUGUCUCCGGCUGUCUGAGCAUCAGGCUCGUUGCCACAGGUCACGGCUCGCUGGCUGAGUACAUCACGGUCCCGGCUGAGGUGGUGGUGCGGGUGCCAGACGGUCUGUCGUCGGAGACGGCCGUCGGCAUGCUAGGCUGCGCUGGCCAGACGGCACAUCUGGUCAUGACGAACCCGGGAGCAGAUGCCGUCUUCCAGUCGGACGCGGCCAAGAGCCGCACGUCGCCGCCCCGUGUCCUCAUCAACGGCGCCAGUGGUGGUGUAGGCUCGCUGGUGACGCAGAUCGCAAAGGCCCGCGGGGCAUACGUCGUGGCCGUGUGCUCGGCGGCAAACGAGGCGCUGGUGCGGCGCAAUGGUGCCGACGAGAUCGUCGACUACCAGACGCACGACCCGCUGCCGCAAGCGGCGAAACAGGCCAGUAGCGGGCCUUUCGACCUGAUCGUUGACUGCAUGGGCGACCAGCCGCUGUUCCUCCAGUGCUCCCCGUACCUGGUGCCGCGGGGCUCGUUCCUGUGCAUUGUUGGCGGGCCCUCGCAGGGCGUUGUGCCAUUUGUGCGCAACAAGAUCUUGCCUUGGUUCCUUGGCGGGCCUGCGCGCACGUACCAGAUACUGGGUCUGGCGCCGUCAGGCGAGCGGGCUCGGGCGGUCGCAGCUUGGUACGCUGACGGCACGGUCAAGGAUAUGCCCAUCGACUCGGUGCACCCCAUGGCGGAUGCGGUCAAGGCGUACGGAAAACUGGCGACCAAGCGGGCCAAAGGCAAGAUUGUCAUCAAAGUGCAGGAGUAG